GAGACCUCUUUUCGUUGCUUGCUACGAAGACUUCCUUCUUCAAAAUUUCCGAUUCCGCCAUGUUUGAAGUUCGAUUGACGUUUGGAAUUGGCGAGUAGGGUUUUCAGCGAUUUCAUUUCUCAACUUCCAUGCCAGCAGACUGUUUCUACCGUAUUAUAACACAAUGAGCGCUGUUAAUAUCACGAACGUCGCUGUUCUUGACAACCCAUCGCCCUUCUCUACCCCCCUUCAGUUUGAGAUCUCCUACGAGUGUUUGACUCCUCUCAAAUAUGAUUUGGAAUGGAAACUAAUUUACGUGGGGUCUGCUGAGGUUGAGACUUAUGAUCAACUCUUGGAGUGUGUUCUUGUGGGACCUGUCAAUGUUGGUAAUUAUCGUUUUGUAUUACAGGCAGAUCCUCCAGACCCAUCCAAAAUUCCUGAAGAAGAUAUCAUCGGUGUAACUGUACUUCUGUUGACCUGCUCAUAUAUGGGUGAGGAAUUUGUCCGUGUCGGUUACUAUGUAAACAAUGAUUACGAUGACGAGCAGCUCAGAGAAGAACCUCCAUCCAAAGUCUUGAUUGAUAGAGUUCAGAGAAACAUUCUAUCCGAUAAACCAAGGGUUACAAAGUUCCCCAUUAAUUUUUACCCAGAGACUAAUGAUGAUGGUGGAGAGGAACCUCCUUCUAACGAUCCUGUAUCAGCUGAAACCGAUGGUGACGAACAACUGAUCCCUGCUUCACCUGAACGUCCAUCAGAUGAACAAAAUCCUUAGAUUUAACUUUGUGAAAGGAACAUCCAUCCCAACUAAGUAAUGGAAAUUUCUGUGUCACGGUGUUCUCAGAGAUGAUCAUUGCUGGAAUCUGGAUGGUUUUUGGCUUGGGAAAGCUGAGAUAUUUUGGGAAUGUGAUGGUUGAAUUGCAGUGGUCAACGUGGCUUGAGCUGCUGAAUUUGUGACUCAGUUUGUUUGCAUGUUGAGUUGCAUUUCUAUAGUUUGCACUUGUACAAAGAUAGUCCAAAUUCAUUAUUUUGAAGUUGUGUUUGAUAAAUGAACGACUUUUGGUGUAGUAGUUAAUCCAGCAGGGUUGUCAUUCCAUUUUGUUGAA